AAGACGAGUGCUUAGUUAUCAGCACUGACAAUGUACGUUGCUCAGCCCUCUAGCUGGUCUGAAGUGUGGCAUUGCACGCCCUUUGUCGGCCGAGGCGAUACCGCUCUUUCUACCUCAGCGCCCUUUCUAUCUGCAAGAUGACUAAUUUCACUCGAUAGUAAACCCGGGCGUCCAUUGAACUUCAGUAGCUUCAAGUCUUGCAAUCUCCAAACUCACAAAGAUGGCAUCUUCACGCAUCCCCACCACCCUAAACUUCAUAACGGGCAACAAAAACAAGCUUGCGGAGGUUCAAGCCAUUCUCUCUGGCGUCAUCGAGCUCCGCAACCAAAAUGUCGACCUAGUCGAAAUCCAAGGCACGGUUGAAGAAGUCACAAAAGACAAAGCACGGAGAGCAGCCGAAGCCGUACAAGGCCCCGUCCUAGUAGAAGACACAUGUCUCUGCUUCAAUGCCAUGAACGACCUGCCAGGCCCUUACAUUAAAUGGUUCAUGCUCUCCCUCGGCGCCCCCAACCUGCACAAGAUGCUCUCAGGUUUCGACGACAAAUCUGCCCAAGCCGUAUGCACAUUCGGGUACUGUGAAGGUCCCGGACACGAAGCCAUCCUCUUUCAAGGCCGCACUGACGGAAAGUUGGUGGAAAGUCGGGGUUCUACCGUUUUUGGCUGGGACUCGUGCUUUGAGUACGAAGGUCAGACAUACGCUGAAAUGGACAAGAGCGAGAAGAACAAGAUCAGUCAUCGAGCGAAGGCAUUGGAUAAGUUGAAGGAGUGGCUGGCGAGUCAGAAGACUGAGGCGUAGAGCUCAACGAUCAUUAUUGUGCUCAUAUUUCUCAAUUGAGAGUAUUGGGCGGUGCAUGAAGCCACUACACCCACCAUCAUCAUUCCAGAAAUGCCGUACUGGUAUCAUAACACAUAGCACAUCACAUACAUCACACCCAUCCGUCCGUUCUCAGCACCUCACCCAUUUC